GAUGCCGGCUUUGGCUCUGGCUCUGCUGCUGACGUCCCUGGAGGCGGCCGCGGCUCAGGGCCCGUUCGACUUCGGCGGGCCCCUGCAAGAGGAGGAGCGGCCGUUCAAGCGCAGCCAGUGCAAGGCCAUCCCGGCCUCGUUGCAGCUGUGCCGGGACAUGGAGUACAGCGACAUGCGUCUGCCCAACCUGCUGGGCCACGAGAGCAUGAGCGAGGCGGUGCAGCAGGCGUCCUCGUGGAUCCCGCUGGUGCACAAGCGCUGCCACCCGGACACCCGCAAGUUCCUGUGCUCGCUCUUCGCGCCCGUCUGCCUACCCGACCUGGACGAGGCCGUCCGGCCGUGCCGCUCGCUGUGCGAGGGCGUCAAGCGAGGCUGCGCGCCCAUCAUGGCCGCCUUCGGCUUCCCCUGGCCCCCCAUGUUGGACUGCCAGGCCUUCCCCGCCGACGACGACAACGACCUCUGCAUCCCGCCCGCCGACCUCCGCAAUAUGGUGCCCGUCACCAAAGAAGUGCCCAGAGUGUGUGAUGCCUGCAAGGAACGCGAUGAAAAUGACAACGAAAUAGUGGACAAUUUGUGUAAAAACGACUUUGCUCUGAAAAUUAAAGUGAAGGAGAUCUCGUACAUGGACGGCGACACCAGGAUCGUGCCGGAGAACAAGAGCAAGACCAUCUACAAGCUGCACGGCGUGAGCGAGCGCGACCUGCGAAAGACGGCGCUGUGGCUCAAAGACGGUCUGCGCUGCGUCUGCGAUGAGAUCAACGACAUCAACGCUGCCUACCUGGUGGUCGGCCAGAAGAUGGACGACGGACGCCUAGUGGUCACCUCGCUCAAGCGCUGGCAGAAGGGACGCCGCGACUUCAAGAGGAUUUCGCGCAGCAUACGCAAGCUGCAGUGCUAAAAACAUAUAUAUACAUAUGACAACAAAAAACAUUACAUAAGACUGUUUGAGCCGUAGGUAGCCUGUUUUCAAAAUGAGCAACAUCAGCCAGCUUCUUAGAUUUUUUUUCCAAUUGUAAAACAACAAAAAAACGCGAAAAAAAUAAUACAUAGAAAACUUUUUAUAGUGUACAGGUCAUGAUGUAAGUAAAUAGUGUCAUGUUGGACUGAAAGGAAGUCUAGCAAAAUGUGUAAAACAUCAAAAACCUAUUUGUAAUAUUUUGCCAGUUUGGACAAUUUCAAAUUCAGGAAAGUCGUACGACAAUUCUGCUCAGACAUCAGAAAUUUGAUAAUUACACUUUAAGUGGUCUACAUACUAUAUAUGGUUUUCCGACAACGCAAUACAUGCAAACCUUCGCCCUUUUUAGCCUAAUUGUUAAAUGUUUGUAGUAAUUAAGUGCAAAAGGAUGUCCAUUGUCCAUCGGACAAUUCUGAAUUUCCAAAAGUCAUGUAACACUUUUGUUCAAACAUCAGAAAUGUAAGCUUAAAUUUCAAGUCUUCAUACUGCUGUAUAGGGUAAUCCAAUUGAAAAAAAAUCCUUUUGCCCUUGUUAAAAGUUUAAAUCGUUUUCAGGUCAUGUUAUAAGUAUUGUCACAUUAGCGCAAAAAGGAGAACCAUAAAAGUUUGUGAAAUGUCAGAAAGUACUUUAAAAAUGUAGCUAGUUCCAACAAUUUGGAAUUUCCAAAAUUUGUACAACAAUUUUGCUCAAACAUCAGAAAUUUGUGCUAAAAUUUCAUGUGGUCUACAUGCAGUACUAUAUGGUUUUAAGAGUGAAAAAAACGAAAAACGAAAAAGAGAAUACAUACCAAUUUUUACCUUUUUAAAAUAUUUAAAUAGCAUGUUGUAAUUAAGUAGUGUCAAGUUCGUGUAAAAUGACGUCCAUAAAAGGUUGUCAAACAUGAGAAAACUAUUUCUGAAAAAGAGACUAGCUCAAACUAUUCCGACCUCCCGCAACUCGCGCGGAAAUUAGUGUUCCAAAUAAAAUAAAACAUACAUGUCUGAUGUAUGUAUCUUUGCACGAAAUUAUCGUCCAAUGUUUUAAAUUUGAGGUCAAAGUUCUACUUUUUUAGCUAACUGAUAGUUUUUCUUAAAAUUUCUGACUGUAGUUUUCUUGAAAGGUUCGCUAAAAUGUUCCCAUUUCAAGCUAAACUGUUGUGAAACAUUUGAGCGUGUCGUUUGAGUGCACAUUUCCCAAUAAUUCUUGCUAAAUUUGUAUGACUUUCAGAUAAGAGUUUCCUUGAACCAUGAAGAAAACCGUCCAAAUUGUUCACGUUAAGUUCUUAUUUGAUUUUUAAGCAAAUAUUGUGUGAAAUAUUUGGACCACAAUUUCUUUGAAAUUUUGGGUCAAAUUUCACGAAAGUCUUGAUUUUCAACCGACAGUUUUGCUCCAUUUUCUGACCAUUAUUGCCUUCAAAUUUUAAGUUACAUUUCUGAUUUCCGCACUAAAUUCUUGCUGAAUUUUUGAAAUUGUAUUUUUUAUUUUCCAGCUAAAUGUGGAAUUCUAAUUUGUUGGUCUGUUUGAGUUUCAAUGUUCCACUACUAGCAAAGUGUUGACUUUACGGAAGGCCUGAAUUCACUAAACUAACAAAUCAAAUUAAUUAAUAAAGCACGUAGCAAAUAUUUAGAAAAUGGGCCAGGGGACUUUAUUGUUGAAAAUGCAAAUUAAUGUUUGUUAUUUUUGUAUUCCCAAUGUUUUCUUCAGCCAAAUAUGAGAGAUAGCUGGCUAUGUUCUCGUUUUUUGUUUUGUUUUUUUGUUUUUUAAUUUGUGUUUGUU